AUGGGAGCUGUUACUGAUGAUGAAGUGAUUCGGAAGCGGCUUCUUAUUGACGGGGACGGAGCAGGAGAUGACCGACGGAUUAACGUGCUCUUGAAAGGAUUCGUCAAAUGGUGCAACACUCCCAGCAGCCCAGAGGAAGGAUUCACACAUUACCAGAGGAUGCUGGGAACUUUGGCCCAGUGUGAGUUUUCAAUGGGGAAGACCUUGAUGGUGUAUGACAUGAAUCUUCGAGAAAUGGAAAACUAUGAGACAAUUUACACGAACAUAGAACAAAACAUCACAUCUGCACACGAGAAAAUAGCUGAAUGCAAAAAGGAAAUUCAAAGGGCUAAAAGAAUACGAAAAAAUCGCCAAGAAUACGAUGCUCUCGCCAAAGUGAUACAACAGCAUCCGGACAGACACGAAACCCUGAAACAGUUGGAAGCAUUGGACAAAGAGCUUCAACAUCUGUCUCACAUUAAGGAAAAUGUAGAUGCAAAGUUGGAGCUGAGGAAGAAGCAGUUCCACGUCCUCCUCAGCACCAUUCAGGAGCUUCAGCAGACGCUCGAGGAUGACGAGAAGUCGGACGAUGAUAAUGACCAAGGAAGCCCUGGCACUAGUGGAGAGUGA